AGGGGAAAUCUGACGCAUGCAUCUCCAAAAAGAUUACCAGAAUGCCUAACCAGUGUACGGAUUUCUGCAGUCCAGAUGCACAGGAAAGAGUUCUAGUUCGUACAAGUAUUUGUUCUGCCUAAUGACCCUCAGCCCAGCCACGUUUAUGGAGCUGAAGAUUAGACCGAUGGUUUGACCGGCUCUAUAAAUGUUUAACCCGCUAUUGGGAUAUAUGCAAGCCCUGAGUGUGAUACCUCCAUCCCCUGGUUCUGUCCACACAUCUGUGUGCUGAGUCCAACUGAUCCACAGUGACAGAGACAUGAACACUGCACUCAAAGAACUGCUGCAGUACAGGAGAUUGUACCUUCUGUCUCUGGUACUGGGAAUAGGAGGAUCCUUUCAGUAUGGAAUCCAGGUUUCUAUGAUGGCUUCUGCAGCAGAGCACGUGCAGAGCUUCGUGAACGAUACGUGGAUGGAGCGCUACGCGGCCCCGGUGGACGCUUCCACCAGCAUGCUCAUCUGGUCCUUCGUGGUGUCCGUGUUCAGCCUGGGCGCCUGGGCGGGCGCCGUCCACAGCGGCAGCCUCCCCGUCACCUAUGGCCGGAAAAAAGCUCUGCUGUUCAACAACGUGGUGGCGGUUGUGGCUGCCCUGCUCAUGGUCUUCUGUCGCAUGGCGAGGUCCUUUGAGAUGAUACUGCUGGCCAGAUUCCUCUAUGGCUAUAACGUUGGCCUGGGAUUGAGCGUGCACCUGAUGUACUUGGGUGAGUGCGCCCCAAAGAAACGAAGAGGGUUUCUCACUCUCACUGGGUCCAUCUUCAUAGCUGCUGGGAAAGUCACGGGACAGAUCAUCGGACUCCGAGAGCUGCUGGGCUCGGACAGCGCCUGGCCCUACCUGCUUGCGUCGAGUGGCGUCCCGGCCGUGGUGCAGUUCGUCAGCCUGCUGUUCUUCCCUGAGUCGCCUCGCUACCUCUACAUCGACAAGGGCGACACGGAGGCCAGCAAAACAGCCCUGCAGUGGCUGUGGCAGGAGGACGACCUGAAGCAGGAGGUGGACGACAUGCGGAGCGAGAGGGAGAGCGUGCAGGGGGAGAAGGCCAAGACGGUGCUGGACGUGCUGCGCUCCCGCUGCGUGCGGUGGCAGCUCCUGGCGCUGGCCAUCCCCUGCGCGGGGGUGCAGUUCUGCGGCAACAACGCGCUGUACUUCUACGCCUUCGACAUCUUCCGGGAAGCGGGUGUGGCGGAGGAUAAGAUGCACUACCUGUCCAUCGGGAUCGGGGCCACAGAGUUCGUGACCAUAUCGCUCUGUUCCCUAGUGAUCGAACGCGCCGGGAGGAAGAAGCUGAUGGGCUACGGCUACCUGCUGAUGGGCGUCACCAUGUCCGUACUCAUCGUCACGCUGUCCGUCAAGGAUUUGUAUUCCUGGAUUCCCUACGUCAACAUAAGCCUGAUAUUCACGGUUAUAUGUAUUUACGGACUUGGACCCUCGGGGGUGUCCAUGGCGCUGCCCGCUGACCUCUUCCUGCAGGCCUGGCGGCCCUCUGCUUACGUCUGCAGCGGCACCAUCAACUGGGUGGGCAUGUUCCUCAUCGGGAUGCUCUUCCCCUACAUAGUGGGUGCAAUUGGACAGUUUUGCUUCCUGAUUUUCGUGGCCUACUGCAUCUUCAGUUCGGCAUUCAUGCUGUACUUUGUGCCCGAGACUAAAGGGAAAUCGAUUAUUGAGAUUGCAGAGGCUUUUAACAAAUUGAAUUACAAACACAAGCACACAGAGAAGGAACCUAAUAUGCUUCAAACUCAAUUUUAAUAAUGUAAAAUGUUGUAUUGUUUAUUUAUGCCAUUUUAUUUAAGGUAAUGUAUUUAAGAAUUCCAAAGGAGAGGCUGCAAACACUUGGUUUGAUUUCAAAUAAAACAAGACCCAAGAAACAAGUUA